AUGUAUCAGUCGCUCCUCGCUUCGAUUGCCCUUAUCCCGCUUGUGACAGCUGUCUCCAGCUCCCUCGGUUGCUAUUCCUCCGUGCCCAACCUCAAAGAUGUGAAGCAGUACACAUUCCAAUCGCACGGAUUCUGCCUCAACCAAUGCACUGAAGCUGGCUUCCAUAUUGCCGCUUUGAAGGACGGCAUUACUUGUGGUUGUAGCAAUACUAUCCCGCUAUCCUCCGCAAAGCUCGACGACGACAAAUGUGAUCAGUACUGCGCAGGUUGGCCUGAGGAUAAUUGUGGCGGUAUCAAUGUCUACACUGUUCUCACUACCGGCGACUACGAUUCCGACUCCGACUCCGACUCCAAUUCCAACUCCACUGUCCCCGCUGAAACGGGUCGCAAUAUUGUCGCUCCAACUGUCAACCCCUCCUCCAUGCCGACCAACAUCCUCACUGCCCCUUCCUCCAUGGGAACUAAGGCGGGUAUCACUGCCCUCCCUUCCGCUGCCAAGUCCAAUGCUGCUUCUGCUGGUAUCGCUGCUGUUACUUCGACCGUGACGCCUUCUGCGACACCCAAUGCUGCUGCUAAUACAUUGCGCGCCGGAUCUAUGGCCGGUGUGCUUGUCGCUGGCUUGGGCUUGUUGCUGUAA